AUGGAGCCCUUGCCGACCCUCAGCAGGAAGCCAUCGCGGGCAGCCGCGAAGCUGCGGCUGUUCUUUCGCGCCAGCGGCGCCCCUCCCAGCGCCACCCCCGCAGCAGCAGCAGCAGCAGCAGCUGCUGCUGCUGCUGCUGUAGGCGAACGCCCUGCGCACCCAGGGGCCUCGGGGGGCCCCCGAGCCUUCGCCUGCCUCAGGCCAGGGGGCACGGGGGGCCCCUCCUGCCCCCCUUUAGCAGCAGUUUGGGGCCCCUUGUGUCGCCUUGUUAAGCGCCAGUCUCGUGCUGCUGCUGUUCAGGGGCCCCUGGGGGCCUCCGAGCUCCCCACGCCCCCCACGGGCUCUCCCUCCAGCACUCUCGAGGUCUUAUCGGACUUAGCAGCAAAAGAAAAAGAAGCAGCAGAGGCCCCUGCGGGGGCCCCCGCGCCUCCCCAGGCGGGGGCCUCCCCCCGGGGGCCCCCCGGGGGUCCCCAGGGGGGCGCCCCGGGGGGCCCCCCGGGGCCCAGGGAACCCGCAGGCCGGGGGGCCCCCCAGGGGCCCCCAGAGGGGCCCCCCGCGCCUGUGCUGCCGCGGCCAGUGGUGUUUGUACCCUUUCGACACCAAGUGGGUUUUGAAUUUGCACUUCCUCAUGAUUGUCCAACAAUAAUGGAAGAAGAAGAAUGGACUUCUUUGGAUUGCAGCGAAGCAGAAAGUACCCAGUGGAGGCCCGAGAAGUACGUGCGCAGACGCCCGGAAGAGCCCGCGGCCGCGCUGCAGCAGCAGCAGCCAGCAGCAGCAGCGGCAGCAGCAGCAGCAGCAGCAGCUGCAGCGGGGAAAGACGGCAGCAACAGCGCCCAGCAGGGCAGGCACGCGGAAAAAGAAGCAGCCGAAGACUUCUGCGGAGCCGCAGCGGCCGAAGCACCCCUAAUAAGGCCUGCUGCUGCUGCUGCUGCUGCUGCUGCUGCUGCUGCUGCUGCGGGCGGGCUCAGGGAGGUGGCGGGGCCCGUCGGUGCAGCGCCGCUGGAGGGCCAGGAGCAGCCGGAGGUGACCAGUGGACCACUUUCGGUGCUGGGGACUUUGGCCCAGAAGGUGGCAGCAGCUUUGGCUGCUUCUGCUGCAGCACUAAGUGCAUGCAGCACAGCAGACUUAAUUGACGAAAGCCAGCUUCUGCUGCCCAGCAGCAACUCCCCGCAGCAAGCUGCAGGCUGCCACCAGCAGCAGCUCGCAGCUCUAGACGCCCCACGAAAAGAUGCGAACUGCAGCAGCAGCAGCAGCUACAGCAGCUGCAGCAGCAGCGGCGAAGGCAGCAGCAGAGCAGUCGCAUGCUUAGCAGCAGCAGCGCGGGACCGAGAAGACACAAGAAGGAAUUUAAUCAUCUCAAAAACUGCAGCAGAUUGCACCAGAGAAAGCCCCUACGAAAGCCAGCAGAGUGAGGGUCUCGAGGCCACUCUAGCUGCUGCUGCUGCUGCUGCUGCUGCAGCUGCAGCAGCAGCACGUGGCGGCGGCUACCAGCUGCAGUCGCCCUUUGCCAACAUAAACAAAUAUCUUGAAAUGAACACGACCGCAGCUGCCUCUUGGCGCUGCGUCGCUGCAAGCCGGCCAGGGGACGCUGCUGCAGCUGCUGCUGCAGCUGCCGCUGCUGCUGCUGCUGCUGCUGCUGCGGAAGAGGGUGAUGAGGAUGACUGCGGUGUGCUGAGCAAAGGCCAAGACCUGCAGCCCCUGUACGGCUACAGCUUAACUGCUGCUGCUUCUCAGUUUGCGGCCAGCAGCAUGGGAAAGCUGGAGGGGCCAGCAGCAGCAGCUGCUGCUGCUGCACUGCUGCGGGUUUCCGGAGCCUUCACGAACAGCCAGGGGGCCCCCCGACAGCCCAAGGGGCCCCUGCGUGCCCCACCUUCCGUCUGGGGGCCCCUUGGUGGUGCCCAAAUUGAAAUUGAUAUAUUCCAAGGCUGCCAAGCAGCAGCAGUUUUGAACUUUGCUCAAUGUACCACCAGCUACCCUGGGCUGCAGCAGCAGCAGCAGCAGCAGCAGAGCCCCUACUACGGCUCGUCUUCGCUGCUGUCUGCCUGGAUGGAAGUGCCGCCCGCGGCAGCAGACUCGCAGGAAGCAGCAGCAGCAGCAGCAGCAGCUGCUGCUGCUGCUGCUGCUGAUGCUGAUGUCCACUGGGGCCUCCACUACGGAAGCAGCAGCAGAAGAGAACGGACUUGGCGCUCAAAUGGAGUUGUUGAAGAAGAA